AUGAGCCUCUACACAAGCCAGACCUACAAACAUAGGCAAGCAGUGGGGCCCGUUCAAUUGGAGAUUGUGCCAGGCAAAGGCCUGGGCUGGAGAGCCACGCGCGACAUCACCGUCGGCGAACUCCUCCUUGUAUCCCUGCCCAUUGCCGUACUGUACGGCACUCCCGGGGAGGCGCCCUCCAACGACGAGUUGGCGGAGGCGCUGCGACAGGCCUGGCCGCGUUUAUCAGUCCUGGAACGUCGCUGGCUGCUGCUCCUGGGAGAUUGCUGCGCCGCCACUAGCGGAGCUGUGCCGCCGCUGCUACUGCAGCCGCCGGCAGCGGUGGCGAGGCAGCAGCCUGGCGGCGGCGGCGGCGACGUCGCUCCCACUACAGCGGCUGCACAGGAUGGACAACCCGCGUCGGAAUCCACGGCGGCUACAACGGCAGAGGUGCCGGCGACCUCGGCACGGCCCGACGGCGCACUGGAAGAUCUCUUCCUCCUCCUCCAUCGCGCCCGGUCGCUUCUUGCCGAGGCUCAGAAGGUCCAGACGGCGACGGAGCUGGUUACAGCACCGCCGCCGCCGCCACCGCAGCAGCAGCAGCAGCCGACGGCAUCAAGGCCCAAAUCCGCUGCUGCUGCCGCUGCUGCCUCCACGUCCUCACCCUCCGCCUCCGCCGCCGCUGCGAGCUCCAACCCGCCAGCCCUCCCCCUGCCGCCAGCGCUCUUCGGCAUCUCGCCAUCCAUCUCCAGCAUCCAUCCUCCCACUGCCACUCCCACUGCCGCCACUUAUGGCGGCGGCGGCGGCGGCAGCGGCGGCGUUGUCGCGGACUUGGUACGGCGCUACAGCUACAGCGAACCGUACGAAGACCCGGUCCUGGAGGAGCUUCUGGAAGUCCCUCCCGUGAGCUGUGUGGGGCUGUGGCCCGAGGUGGCGCUGCUCAACCACAGCUGCUGCCCCAACACGGCGCUGCUGGUGGUGGGCGGUGUGGCGUAUGCACGCGCAGGGCGGGCGGUGAUGGAAGGCGAGGAGCUGACGGUGUCGUACUUGGGUACAGACGUGGCGCCAGAUCGCGGGCUGUUGCGGCGGAUUAACGGGGAGCUGGUUACGGAGCUGGAAGCGGCGGCGCACGCGACGUUGACGGCGGCGUCGCGGCCGCGGCAGCAGCAGGCGGCGCUGCUGGCGAGGAUGGAGGGAUUGCUUGGUCAGGUAGAGGAUUCGUGCACCUUCCUGGAGCUGCCACCACGCGGCCGCCUAGUGAUCUUGGCGUCUGUGUACGGCCUUGUACGACUGAUAUGCGACCUGGCAGAGCUGAGUCAGCAGACGACGCCGGAGCGGCGGCUACAGCUGCAGCAGCUCGCGGCGGAGGUGCUGGAGGCUGUAGCACCCGGCAGCGAUAGCCACGUGACGGCAGCCGUCAAGGCCGCGGGGGUGGCGCGGAGGGCCCACGGCGCCGACAGCGCCGCGGCGCGGCGGGCGGAGCUGGCAGCGGGCUCCGCGCACCUGGCCCGCUACGGUCGCGAGCUGCUGUCUGAGCCCGCACUUCUGCGGCGACUCGUAGCGACUCGCCGGCGGCUGGUCACCGGCUCAGACCUGGCGGCUUCUAUGGGGGUAUUGGCAUGGCUUGAGCAAGCGGGACCGGGUUGA